AAUGUAAUUUACUCAAAAUGGCGUUUAUUGGAACGUUCUCAAGAAUAUUAAUUGCAGCAGUUUUUUUAGCUGCAGUCUAUUCAAGUCGUGUGACAAAAUUGGAACCUUCUAGUGGCAGUUUGAUUGGUGGAACCUACUUACAUAUUAGAGGUCAUGGAUUUUCACAUGAUCAACACAACAAACCUAACAAGGUCGUUUUUAUCAACGAAGUCACUGGACAUGUGUUAGGAUGUGAUCUUGUUCACACUGCAUCAAAUGAGAAAGUAAUUGUAUGUGAAACUCGAAAAGAACCGAAUUUAGAAGAUGGUGCAAAAUAUAGUGUAAAAGUGAAAAUAAAUGACAAGUGGCUUGCAAAUGAUGAACCAAAUACUUUUUGUUCUGGAAAAUGUGUAUUCACUUAUAAAAGGGAUUUCACUCCAACCAUUGACCAUGUUACACCAGAUGCUGGACUUUCAGAUCUUACAAUCCGUAUUGAUGGAAAAUUGCUGACCCGGCAAGUUAGUCGCGAACAAGAUAUUUUUGAUCCAAAGAAUGCAGAGCUAAACAAGAUUUUUGUAGGUCAUAAAAUUUGUGAGCCAUUCGAUCGUGAAAACAAAUCACUCCUGGGCACUGGUUCAGAUGGUGGUGAAGAAACAUGGCGUAAAAAGUGGGUGAAAUGUCAACCAACUGCCAGUCGUGUGGGAUCGUAUGUAAUUUCUGUCAUAACUUCCAAGUUUGGAGGCAGAUCAAUGCGUUUACCUGGGUCCUACUUGCUAAACAAGGAAGAAAAAAGAUACAACUACCAAAUAUUCACUGAUAUAAAAUCAGUCACCCCAAGCAAAGGGAGUUUAAAAGGUGGAACUUUAGUUAAAAUAUCAGGAGCAUUUUUUAAAUCUGAUAAAAUCCAAGUGGAAAUUGGUGGAAUUGAAUGUCUGGUAAAAAAAAUCACAGCAGAUUGGGUUGAAUGUGUUACAGGAGAAAUUGAUCAGAGCAUUUUAAAUAAAAACAUUUUUCCUGGUGGCCGUGGAUAUGAGUAUUGGAUUUGGAACACAACAACUCGCUCUAUAUCAGAUCUUAAAUUGUACAACAGUACACACCCUGUAAAAGUGGUGCAUGGUAUAUCUCACAGCUCUCUUGAAAUUAGCAGUGCAAGGCUGUUUGAUGAACGAUAUGGUGCGAUUGGAUUUAAAGUUCGUGGUUUUUUGCGUCCACCAUUUACUGGAGAUUGGCAUGUAAUGUUGCGUUCGGAUGAUAAAGGAGAAAUUUGGCUGAGUACAAAUGACUCGGAAACUGGUUUGGUGAAGGUUGCAAGUACAAAUGAAUGGAGUCGAUUGAAUUGGUUCCACGAAGAAUCUCAAAAAUCUCCAAUAAUACAUCUGGACAAAAACAAGCAGUACUAUUUUGAAGGAUAUUUGCAAGAUCACGCUGGUAGUUAUGAAUAUAAACUUGGUCUCUUGACAAACCAAACUCAGUACACAUCAGCAGAUGUACAAGGAGCUUUUGAUGAAGUACAAAAAAUAUUUAUUGCAUCACAGUACCUUCCAGAUGUCCAGCGUAUUGACUUAAGCAACUUGGCACCAACAGAAGAGUUCCGUUUAUCAUUAGGUAAACGUGUCAGUGGUAUGAUUACCAAUCAAAUGAAUGCAACAGCUAUUCGAAAUGUGUUAGUUGACUUAUUUACUGAAAAAUGCUCCUUAGGAAUGCCAGUUGGCGCAAACACAUACUUUUAUGAAGAUUAUGAAGGCGAACCUACUGGGGAAGAAUAUGGCCUACGAACUGAAAUAAAGAGACCACCUUGUGGUCGAAGGAUGUUAAAAAUGAACAAUGAUGAUAAUAUUUACUUAUAUUAUGGUGGAAAAACAGUGAAAAAGGAUGGGAUGAAAACUGACUCUUAUUUCAGCGCUAAAGAUUAUCCACAAGUUUGCUUUUCAACUCGCGGUCCAUUUCAAAACACUAUCACACUUAAAGUUGCUUAUUUAUAUAAGUAUAACGAUACAUACCUAGCCCCGUCCACCACUAUGUUAACCUUUGACCUGCUCUUGCUUGAUCGUAUAACUUGCUUUGAUAUGCUGUAUGCAAUCCAGAAUAGUGACUAUUUAAAAGACAAAAAAAUGGCAGCCCAAAGUUACUAUCGUGUGCAUUAUAUCAAACUCAGUCGAAACGAAGAUAUUAAAAGCAUAGAUUUUGUGCAAGAUCUCUUCCUGGAUAGUUUAUGGAUUGGUAAACCCAUUUGUGCUGAUGCUUGUCCACAAGACGUGCCAUUAAAUGAAUGUUCACAACCUUGUUAUGGUUUAAAAGAACUGAGCCUGGAAGAAGCUCCAGGCAAUUUCUGGAUUGAAAAGGUUGAUGUGGAGAAGAAAAACUUAACAUUAUUCCUUAACCUGACUGUUGCUGAUUGUGUAAAUUUGCCCUUGUUCUUUGUGAAUGACUGGACACGUACAGGCUCUGAGAACCAAUCUAUUGCCCAAAAAGAAAGUUUUACCAAGAAUGGAAAACAAAUUGAGAUUGAGCGAGUUCAAAAUGCUAGUGGGUCAUUGAGUGGAAUGUUUGAUUUGAAAAUAGAACUGGGUGGAGAAAUGAUGAUUGCAAGAGAUCUUGAUGCAAAUAUCAGUUCUAUCGAUUUGCGAGAAAGCUUGGAAUCCCAAAUAACAGGAAUUGGGAAAUUAAAAGUGUUAAAAAAAUUCACGUGUGUCAGUUCCGAACUUGAAAUCAAAUGGAUUGAAAUGGGUGGAAAUAAACCACAGUUUGAUGUUGUUCCAACACGGUUAAUUGGUAUCAACGUGAGUGCUGUUGUUGAGACUAUUCACGAUGGUGGAAUUAUUUAUGGGCCUCUUUCCGGAGAGUUUUUUCAAACAGUUGAGAAUUCACCACAGGUUGUUGUGACAGUUAAUGGCAUUGUAUCAAGCUGUCAAUCAAAAUCAUGCUCUUUCAAUUAUCUGUUGUCAGAGACACCACAAAUAAUUUCAGUUUCACCUUUGUCUGGUUCUGGCGAAUCACCAUGCCAACAAAUUGAGAUACAGUGUUCACUUUGUGGUAGCAACAUAGAAAACAUAACUGUGCUGUUUGGAAAUGUAGAAGCUGAAUUAAAAUCUAUAUCGGACUCUUCACUAUUCGUAUGCCCUGGUCCUUCAGAGGCUGGUCCAAAAAAGGUAAAAGUGAUUGUGGAUGGUAAAGGUACAGCUAGUGGAGAUUAUACCUUUCAAUAUUCCAUUGGAGUUACAAAUGUCUCACCUGCACAAGGUUCGCUAAGCGGAGGCUCAAAGGUCACGUUGGCAGGCUAUGGUUUUGGUGUCAGUUCAAGUAAUGUUACUGUUUUAUUUGGUGAUACACAAUGUGAAGUGGAAGAAGUUAAAAUGAGUGAAAUUGUUUGUGUGACUUUGAGUCAUGUAGGAGGAUCUGUUAAUAUAUCGGUAUCAGUAAACAGUGCGAGUGCUUCACUAUCAAGUGCGUUCAGUUUUAUCAAUAUGUCAGUCCCAGUCAUUCGCAGUGUGUCACCAAACAUUUUGUCAGGCAGUCAAUAUCAUAACAUUAGCAUCAAUGGAUCAGGCUUUCAGAAAAAUAAUGAUAUACCUGUGGUAAAUGUUGGGAAUGUUUCUUGCAAGUACUUUACGCAUACCAACACACUCAUUGUUUGCGGCAUCAAAGCAUUAGGGCAUGGUGUUUACAGCGUCAAAGUUUACGUUCCAGAAGUUGGUUUUUCAAAAGAUACUGGAAAUUCUCAAAUAUUUAGCAAGCUUUCGUUCAACAGUUUUUCACCUGCUGUAGGUUCACUUGUAGGAGGAACUGACAUCACAAUACAUGGUAGUGGUUUUAAUGAUAAUGUAGAUAACGUGUCUGUCGUGCUUAAUCAGAUGGAGUGUAAAGUUACUAGUGUAAGUGAAACUGUAAUCAAGUGCAAGACUGGUCAGCCAGCAAAGACAAUUCAAUUGAGUAACACAGGCACUCAUCCUAUGCUAGGAAAGGGAUAUGCGUGGAGCAAAAGUGUUGUGCAUGUCAUGGUUGGCCAGUCUGUCAAGUGGUCAUGGGAAGUUGAUAUAGAAUCGUCGAACAGAAUUGGAGUAAUCUUAAUGGCUGACAAGCAGGGUGUUUCAACGAUUAAAACUAUUUGUCAACAAUCACGCGUUGGAAAUUGCGUAUAUCGGUUUACAACAGAAGGAGUGUUUUAUUUUUCAAGUGGAAACAUUAAUAAAGAUGGUGAAGGUGUUUCAUUCAACAUGUCAGUACAUGUACAUGGAGCGACUGCUAUAUCUGCUCAACUGUCAGUUGACGUGGAAGGAUUUAAAGCUGUGUAUGAAUCAAAUAAAAACCGCAGAAGAAGAGAAAUUGACCUGCCAACAUUUACCUAUGAUAGACCUAACACUCCUGAGGUAAAGAAAAUCUAUUACAAAGAAAACGUAACUGUUUUUGAUCCUAUCCAUAUAAAGGGCAAAUUAUUUUCAAAUGUUAUGGCUGAAAACAUUGUCACAAUUGGAGAUCAUCAAUGUUAUGUCACUUUUUCUAAUGCCACUGAUUUGACCUGUCAACUGCAGGUGUCACAACAAGUUACUUUGAAUCGACCUUUACCUGUUUCCUUGACUGUAAUUGGGGUUGGAGAUGCUAUAGUAACUGUAGCGGAUGAAAAUGAUCGAUUCCUCACCUUUAAAUUAGCUGUACAAAACGUUAACCCUUCCUUUGGUUCUUUUGCUGGUGGUACAAAACUGACACUUCAUGGAGCAGGGUUAAAUUUGCAGUCUAUUGAAGUGAAAAUUGGAGACAGAAUCUGUAAAAUUCUUUCAAAAAGUUACCAAGAACUUACUUGCGAAACGCCAAGCUAUCCAAUGGAUACCAAUUCGAAGGUUUACGAUAUAACAUCCUGCGAUACACUUGUAACUGAUGCGUGGGGGCAAUGUGUCCACAAGUCUAUUGGUUUUCAAUAUCAUUAUUCAAAUCUGAAAACACCAAUGGUAAUGGAUGUCUAUCCUAAAGAAAUUAGCUCUAUAAGCACUGCUAUUAACAUUUCGGUGACACACGUCAGUGGCUUUAAAACUGACAAUAUAUCUGUCAAUUUAGAAAGCAACAGUGGUAGAUCAUAUGAAUGCCAAGUGGAUAGUAAACAAUCAGAUUUGAAUUUUGACCCUUCUUUCGUUAUUUGCUACAUGCAGUCUGUACCAGGAGGUUUAUAUAAUGUAAAACUUAAUCAUCGGGUUCUUGGUUUAGCCAUUAAUGAGAAUAACAAAGUCACUAGUUUGGAACGAUUUGAUAGUGUCACACCCAAUACUGGCAGUGUUCAUGGUGGUGUAAUGGUGACGAUUGUUGGCUUCGGUUUUCCAGAUGACAAGGACGGUGUUUCUGUGCAAUUUGAUGACCAGCCUUGCCAAGAUAUAAAUUUGAAAAGUUCCAAAGGCGAGAUAACUUGUACGACGCCUGCCCACGCUGCUGGGGUUGUUGAUAUAUCCAUCAAGGGUGGAGCGUUUGGUACAAAAACGUAUACCUUUGAUCAAUCAAAAUCACUUAAAAUAACAUCCAUCUCCCCGCUGAAUGGUUUUAGUGGUGAUAUUUUAACUGUGAGUGGAGAUUUUCUUGAUGAUUCGACAGUAACUGUCAUGGUUGGACCUAAAGGUUGCAGUAUUACAGAGAGAAGUCAACAAGCACUUAAGUGUGCUCUACCUGACCUGUCAGGAGAUAGUUACCCUGUGACUGUAAAAAGCAUGCAAUAUGGCAUCGCACGCUCAAACAGUGUGUUUAAGUACACACUUGAGCUAAGCACGGUGGAGCCAUUAGAAGGUGGUUACGGUGGAGGUCUGCUUUUGAACAUAUCUGGAAAUAGUUUUGGUGGCAAUACCAUAGUGUCUGUUUGUGGUCAGCUGUGUGUCAUUCGUAGUUUUCGAAACGAUUCCAUUAAGUGUGUCCUGCCACCGCAAGAUUUUCGAGAAGCAGAUUUAAGUUGUGAUGUCAAUGUAACGAAUGCUGACCAAGUGAGAAUAUUUACCAGUGAAUUUGUGUAUAAAGCUGACUUGACACCACAAAUAACCAAUGUGGAACCUCACCGUGGUGGAACCGGUGGUGGCGUUUUAGUGACUAUUACUGGUUUGCAGUUUGCAGCAGAGUUGAGUAAAGUGGAUGUGAGGAUUAAUGACAUUAUAUGCAACGUACAAACUGUAGCGGCUGAUAGCAUAUCUUGCCUGACUGGUCCUUCGUCAAAAACGAAUAUGAACUCACGCAUUGAAAUACAUUGUGAUGGUAAAGGAGUUGCUGUAUCGAAUAAUGGUAAAGAUAAAUUUGAAUACGUUGAUGUAUGGAGUUCACCUUACACAUGGGGUGGAAAGCCUCCUCCAGGCGAAGGAAGCUUUGUAAUUAUUACCCAAACUUUGCUCCUUGACACAAGCACUGCUAUUUUGAAAAUGUUAUUAAUUCAAAAUGGUACCGUCAUUUUUGAUCGCAAAGAUGGUGUACAUUUGCAAGCUGAAAAUAUCCUCAUUGUUUCUGGUGGCCAGCUUCUAGUUGGAUCUCCUGAUCAACCGUUUCAACAGAAGGCUGAGAUAACUCUUCACGGACAUCAAAGAUCAAAAGAGCUGCCUGUUUACGGAACUAAAUCUUUGGCUUUACGGGAAGGCCAUAUUGGUUUCUAUGGUCAACCCAUAAAGCAUACAUGGACGCAUUUAUCAAAGACAGCAAGUACUGGUGAUAAAUCGAUUGAUGUAUUGCUUAGCGUUGAUGAUUGGAAGCCUGGGUAUGAGAUUGUUAUUGCUGCAACUGCAAAAAGUCUUCGAGAGAAUGAAGUGAAUUUUAUUGAGAGCGUCACAAAUGGUGGGAAGACGAUUAAUCUGAAAUAUCCUUUGAAGUAUAAACAUAUUUCAAUCGAGCAAACAAUAGCAGGUAAAGUGAUCCCUACUCGUGGUGAAGUUGGUUUACUAUCUCGUAAUAUCGUAAUCCGUGGUUCGAAAAACGACCAAUGGAAAGGAGUGAUCGAAAAUUGCGACGAGGAAUUCGACCCAACUCAAUUUGCGCCGCAAACGUGUUUUGAUGGUAGAUUUGGUGAUGAAGAAACAAGUGACGAGUUCGGUGUGCAGGUCAUGAUACACUCUCAUGAAAAAAGUAUGGGUCAUGCAACUGCGCAUUUCGAUCAUAUUGAAGUUACACACGCUGGUCAAGCCUUUAGAUUAGGAAGAUACCCCAUCCAUUUCCAUAUGGAAGGUGAUGUUCAUGGUUCAUAUGUAGUAGGAUGCGCCAUUCACCGUAGUUUCAACAGAGCAGUAACAAUGCAUGGUGUACAUAAUUUGAUUGUUGAACGAAAUGUCAUUUAUGACAUACUUGGAAAUGCGUAUUUCAUGGAAGAUGGUAUCGAAACUGGAAAUUUUGUGCGCUACAAUCUAGCUGUCUUCGUGAAGCCUUCCAGUUCCACACUGAAUGUAGACAUCACUCCGGCAGCGUAUUGGGUGACGAACGCCAAUAACACGGUGAAUCAUAACGCUGCUGCUGGAUGUAGUCAUGCGGGCUAUUGGUAUCAAAUGUUUGAACACCCUGAGGGCCCAAAUUUUACACCUGAUGUUUGUCCAAGAAAUAUUCCCAUGCUUGAAUUCAAAAACAACUCCGCCCACACCAUGGGGCGCUUUGGAUUGUGGAUAUUUCCGAUUUACCAUCCACAACAGAAUGGAGCAUGUAAUUCGCAUGUUGCUGAGCCAGCACAUUUUGAAGGUUUCACAGCGUGGAAUAGUUUAAAGGGGGCGGAAUGUGUGGAAUGUGGUGCUGUUAGAUUUGUUGAUUUUACAUGUUUGGAUAACGAUCUUGCCGGCAUCGAAUAUAUCGAAGCUGCUUCCAAAAAUGCGCCCUGGGGUGGUCCAUUAAUAAAAGAUUCUUUGAUCGUCGGUCACAGCCAGCUUGCAGAUCACAACACGAUGCUUUUGAGUGAUCACACUACUUGUACGAAGAGUGGUUUGAUGUUACCUUUCAGUGCACGAUUGACCGUGACUGGCGUUACCAUGGUGAAUUUUGACGAACAACAAUGUGUAACAUUUGGUACUUGUGCACAUUGCAAAACGUACGAUGGUGGUGCCGUGGUUCGUUUUGAGAAGUUAACCUUUAUAGAUGCACCAAACAGAGUUAAUUUCCCUUUCAAUCAUGCGUCAGUGUUAUACGAUAUUGACGGUACUCUUACUAAGACGGCUGGAGGAUCAAUCCUUCCACAUAUGGGUAUGUUGGACCCUUCGAAAUGUACGCAAGAUGCUAGUGUCAGUUUCGGAGUUCCUGGUGCCAUCUGUACGGAGGGAAAAUUCCGUAAAGUGGCCUGGAAUCAAAUGAAGCCAUCUUCGAUAGACGCAAAAGACGCUAUCUUAACUAGUAAAUUUGGAAGCGACCGUGUUAAAUGGAGAAAGAAAUCGAAAACACACUUCAAAGGCUACACCGCUUUUUUGAUUGUGGAUGAGCCGUUAACACUUUCGUUUGAAAAUUCUUCCCAGUUCACAAACAUCUCCUUCAAAAUGAAAAUCUACGAACUGGAAGAUGGUGAUAGCGGUAUUUUGAGACUGAAGUUCAAGCAAGUGCCUGACCAUAUUGAAACUUUUUCAGGCUCGUUGAGAAAUAGUACACCUCAGGUACCAGACUCCUCAAUGGUACAUGGUGACUAUCAUUUUGAUAAAAUGUCGAAAGAACUGAGUAUUCUCUAUAGCGGAAAGGAAAACCAAAAAGAAACACCUGCAGCAAAGAAGAUUGACCUUCGCAUUCAUCGCUGCUUCUAUGUGGACUGUAUACUUCCUACUCCACCUGUCCCACCUUCAGGGCGACCUAAUGUCACUCAAAUAUGGAGCGAUCUAUCCAGCUGGGAAGGAACUCCUGAAGGUUACGGCGGUCACAAAGAAUUACCGAAGGAAAAUGACACGGUUGUCAUAGCGACUGAUUGGUGGAUGUUGAUUGACGAGAAGACAGAAGUCAUAAAGCUUGAUCAGUUGCAUAUCUUUGGAACGUUGGAAAUCGACGGUGACAAUGACGUCAAUCACGUGAUUCAAGCCAACAUAAUCUUCAUCGCAGGGCCGUUAGGUCAGCUAAUUGUUGGCUGGCCUGAUAAACCCUACCCAAAUAUUCUUUCGAUACAGUUAACAGGUGAUCACAACUCGAAGGAUAUGCCCAUCACAAGUAGCCUGAACCUUGGCUCGAAAGCUAUCGGUGUAUUCGGUAAAAUGCAGUUGUACGGAAAACCAAUGCCUACUGUGUGGACAACACUUGCCGAAACGUUGGAUGUUGGUGGUAAAAUAUUAAAAGUGAAGGAGAGUGUUGCUUGGAAGGCUGGUGACGAAUUAGUUGUCACGACGACAUCGUUCGAAUCAAAACAAACCGAGAAAUUCCUAAUUGAAUCUGUGAGUGAGGAUGGAAAAACAAUAACACUGACUGAAGCUGCUGCACAUAAGCAUGUGGCGUCAUCUCUACGUGCAGGCGCAUGGAAGUUCAGUUUAAGCGCGAAAGUUGGUUUGCUGACACGUAAUAUUGUCAUUGAAGGAGUUGACGCUCCCGCUAACUCUUUAGAAGGUCAAUCGUUUGGUUGUCGUGUCUUGGUCGGAAAUUCUCCUAAUGGCAAGGGAAGAGCUGAAAUCGCGCAUGUGGAAUUUAAACAUUGCGGACAAUAUGGUUGGACGGAAGAUUAUGAUCCGAGAUUUUCGUUAGCAUUUUUGGAUGUCGGUGAUGCAAGUGCUGAAGCAUUCCCUUCGUUCGUGAAAGGUUCGUCCUUCCACGACGGCUUCAACGUGCAUUUGGGUGUGUUCGGGACAGACAACUUGAAAAUACAGAACAACGUUUUUCAUCAUUCUGUUGGCUCGUCCAUUCAAGUAUCCGGACGAAAUCAUCAACUCGUUCAGAAUUUAGUGGCGUUAUCACUGGCAGAAGCCACGUACAAAGUCACUCCAUACGAAUUCGACAUGAAAUGGCAUGGCGCUAUUCAUCUAUUGAAAGCACACAACUACACGCUAGUGGAGAACGUCGUUGCUGGUAGCGAGAAGAUUGGGAUCAAAACAUCGGGUGAAGUAUGUUCAGAUUCCACCUCAACCAAGCGAGUACGGAGCAACGAAGUGGUUGGAUGUUUACAUGGCUUGCAUAUUCCUGGCGAGCGUCGUUCGCAAUGUGUUUACCUAGAUGGCUACAAAGUGUGGAAAAGUUUCGAUUAUGGAAUAUACGCAUGGCCGUCGAACAGUAUCAACGUGAAUAACGUCAUACUCGCCGAUAACAAGAUCUCUCUCAGUUUGAAUGUGUUUGGCGCCAAUCCGAAGGCUCACGUGAUUAGAAAUGAUUUGGUGAUGGUCACACAUUCUGUGUUAGUCGGUCAGUCAUUGACUUUCGAUUGUGCAGAGCACGAAAUGACGCCGCAUCAUUCGACCUUUUAUCCGUCACGAUCGCCAAGACUGCCAAAACGUGGAAACGUGGGCAUCAUGUCAAGCUUAUUCAGUGCUUCUCCUGCUACCGGUCCUCCGAUGACAUGGGAAGCUCCCAUGUCGUACCCAUCAAUCAGCGGGUUAGCCAUUUAUGACGGUGUGACUUUCUCAAAUUUUACUGACGCGUGUGAAAAACCCAGCAAAGCGUUUUUCACUAAUGCAGUCUAUGGUGAUGUCAUUCAUCCUGCGCAGAUUGCUAAUACGACUUUAGAUCACGUGCUGAACCAUAACAAGAUCUUCCAUCAUACUCCAACAAAAAGAUGGAUUAACCCUUCAGAUUGUGUUGACAUGGAUUGUGAUGCCAGGCGGAAAGUUUUGAUCGAAGAUUUGGACGGGACGUUUUAUGGCCAACGUGGAAGUUUAAUUUCAAAAUCAGAGUUUGGAUGGGACAGCGAAGACCGAUCGUGGGGAUUAGGCAAUUUUCGAAUACCAAAAGCUAUGUUGAUGAACGUCGAUGGAUCUGUUAUCGAAGCCGAUACGAAGUAUCCUAACAAAGGAAUCUACAGAGGAGCGUCGGAUUGUCAAUUCAAAUCUGAUUGGAACGCCUACCUGUGUUCGAACGUUAAAUACAAAAUGCUUAUUAUUGAGAGUUUAGAUGGAGACACGGAAACUAGAAGACUGUCGCCUGUUGCCGUAGCAACCAGUGGCUAUAUUGACUUGAUUAACGGCCCGCAGGACCACGGUUGGUGCCAUGGUUACACGUGUCAAGAAAGGCUUUCGACGUUCAAUGCUAUAGUUGCAACCGGAAAGAAGUAUGAAAUUUACAUGGCUUCGUACAACCCUCUGGACACAAGAUUUAAACUGUUACAUGCUGGUAUUGAUGAUGCAAUUAUAAUAAUGUUUUUUAAUCCAAAGCCCCAGCGGCUAGACGUUUACUCAGAUGAUAAGUUUGUGUCACCGAAGAACGCUGUACCUAACAGUAAGUCAUAUAAACUGUAUCCGAAUGAUCCGCAAGAUUCCACAAAGUAUGAGCCAGCCUUCUCUGAUCAACCUGGGACCAACUGGUACGAUAGUUCGAGCAACAUUUUGUAUGUAUUGAUGAAAGGCGACGGAGAGAUUGUUGUACAAACUCAAUCUGUUAUUGUGGUGAAUUUUGCGUUCUCUACAGAAUCACUUACGGUUGAUGAAUUUUUUGGCGAGAAGAUAGUUGCCAAUCUAGCAGCGUUUUUAGGAAUUCCUUCGAAUAAAAUACGUGUGAUGGAGAUCAUAUCUGCUGAGCAAACAAGAAGAAAAAGGAGGGCGGUGUCACCGUUAGCCCAUGUUGUUGUGGAGAUUGGUGAUGAACCGAAUGCUAAUCGCACGUUAAAUUCCACUCUUGACUUGAAUGCAGUGAACCAGACAGAGUUUACUUACGACGAACUCCUAAAUGUUUCAAAGGCAUUGGUUGAAGCCACACAAACAGGGCAGUUAAAUAAAGUUUUGGAGGUGCCAAUUGAACUCAUUGAAGUAACUGAACCUCCUCCGAAACCAGAAGAAAGUGUUUUUAAUAUUAACGAGACAGAAAAUGUGAACGGAACGGGUCCCAUAUAUUCCGAGAGGUUAAGUAUAGUGGAACCAACAUCAGCAAUCAAAUACCUGAUCCCUUCAAAAGUACUACUUUCCAACGGUGUCAGUGCUACUAGUAAUGAGUCGGUUCCAUUUCCUCAACAACCUGUUCUCCACAUGUAUGAUGCAUUGGAUAACUGGGUAAAAAAUCUUGGAACGAGCUUAGCUCCGUGGAACGUAACAGCCUCUCUUAUCCACAAUACAGGGGAUGCUAGCGCUCGCUUAGAAGGCACCACAACUGUACCCUUUAUCAACGGGACUGCGAAUUUUACAGAUCUGCAGAUCACACACGCAGGAACAGGGUAUCAAUUAAAAUACGAGAUCUCUUACCCUAGCGAUGUCUUAUUCUCAGUAACAGGUGAUCAACGCAUUGAUAUUAAAGAACGUGAUUUAGGCUUUCGUUUUAAUGCCACCAUAAGCGAUCCUGCAGAGGCUAAUCCGAUGUCCCCGCAUCCUAUGGUGUUUGUGUUCGAUCGAGCUACCGGCGAAAACAUUGAAAAUAUUGGCUCGAAAGGACGAAAGUGGUUCGUCGAAGCAACGCUUCAGAAACCAGAGAGUUCAAAUGCAGCGUUGAUUGGAGUGUCGAAAGUUGAAUUUGGCAUGACUCAUGCCUUGUUUAGCAAUCUAUCUGUUGACAAAAGUGGAAGUGGGUAUCGGUUGAUUUUAAAAGCUUAUACUGAACCAUCGAGUCGAUAUGUUUCUGAGGAAUACAUUACGAAUGAAUUUUCUGUAACGGAGAGAAGUUUUUAUUUGAGGAUAGCGAGACAGCCAGCCGACUGCAACGAAACAGUUGUAUGUCGCCAACAACCAAUCGUUGAAAUUCGAUCCCAGUCCCCUGAUGCUGUUGCCACUCAUCUUAAUUGGGACAACUUGGAUUGGCAUAUCGAGGCUUCGUCAUGCUCUCCUGACCCAGAAAAUUCUUUUCUUGGAACAAAAAAACUUGCUAUCCAAACUUCUGGUGUUGUCGAGUAUCAAGACUUGUCAUUCUAUUCAAUUGGGCAGAAUUAUCGACUUUGCUUCAAGUUGGCGGUCACUCCAGCAACAGCAAAAUAUGAAAACAUCGUGGUGCAAUCGAACGCUUUUUCAGUAAAUAAAAGACUGUUUUAUUUGCGUAUGAAAGUCCAACCGGGUAACGCAGAAGAAAAGAUAAUAUUUAAGCAACAGCCCGUCGUUGAAAUCAUGGAUAUCGGUACAAACAAGCCUGCAUCUCCACUAAAACAGACUUGGGAGAUAACAGUGUCUGUGUAUCAAAGUGCAAACGCGGCCGUAUUGACAGGAACAAAAAGUAUUCAAGUUACGACAGGAACAGAAGCAGCCUUCACCAAUCUCAUGUUUUCCACAUAUGGUGCGGGGUUUAUUCUCAAAUUCAAAAGCAACUAUGGACAUGAGAUUUAUUCCGAUCGAUUUGACGUACAUUACGACAACAAGUACUACCCAGUUUUCAAAUUAGAUUCGCCAGUUGCUUUGAACGUGAACGAAACUACACCAAAGGAUACGUUGCUGUACAAAUUUACGGCGACCGACAACGAUAGCGGGUUUCAGUCAGUUGUAGAAUACGCCCUUUCGCCACUCAACGAUUACAUAUCAAUAUCUAAGUCAGAUGGCGAACUGAGGUUAACAAAACAAGUAGACCGGGAAGUGGUGGACACACUCACCAUCACUAUCACUGCCACUGAUAGUGCUCCAUCUCCGUUCGAACAUUCAACCAAUCAUACAGUAAAGAUUACAAUAACAGAUACGAACGAUAACCCACCGACGCUAAAUAAAAAAACAGUAACCAAGGAAAUUAUGGAAACAACCCCUGUGGACGCAGUUGUGUAUAAAGUGAUCGCAGAGGAUUUGGAUGCUGGUAAAAACGGACUGGUGACUUAUUCAGUUGCUUACACAAAUGAUAGCAACGGACUGUUUACUUUGAGGAGUGACACAGGAGAUUUGGUUAUACAAAAAGACAUCGACCUUGACACGAAUGAAGCAGCGGAUCCAACUUACGAAUACCAUAUACGCGCGUCAGAUAAUGGCCACACGCCGUUACACGCAGAUAUGAGAAUAUACGUGAAAAUUGUCAGGGUGAAUGAGUUCACGCCAACAAUAUCAGGAGAUAGCGCUUUAUCAAUUAACUUGCUUGAAGAUUUGGAAGUGAAUUCAAUUAUACAUCAGGUGAUAGCCACCGAUGCUGAUACAGGCUCUGAUGGAGAGCUCACCUACACCAUCGCAACUGGAAAUGGUAACAACCAAUUUGAAAUUGACUCAAGUGGAAAAAUAAAGCUAAAAAAGACACUUGACCGGGAAGCGCUACCAUCUUAUAAACUAAAAGUCGUUGUCAAUGACAACCCUAUCACAGGUACAGCCAAACAGGCGUCUGUAUCUAUAAAUAUCGUUGUAGACGAUGUAAAUGAUAACGCGCCAGUGUUUACUGUGUCAAAAUGUGAAGGUUUUGUGUCCGAUGAUGCCCCUUUGUCAACAAAAGUAUUGACUGUGUCUGCUACCGAUGCUGACGAAGGAUUGAAUGCAGAAAUCGUUUAUACUUUGCUCUCCUCCACAGAUAGUUUUCUCGACUUCUUUACUUUUUCUGCCGACAGCUUUAUUGUGAAGUCCGACUUAAAUCUUGAUCGCCAUGAUGUGUUGAAAAUGGAUUUUAAUGUUGUUGUUAAAGCGCAAGAUAAAGGCAAUCCAGUUAAAAGCGAUACGCUGAACUGUGCUAUCCACGUGACCGGUAAGAACAUAUACGCUCCGGUUUUACAGCAUCAUCAAGAGUUGACCGUGAUGAAUAAUCCGGAAUUGACUGUUGGCUCUCAGAUCGCUAAAAUUAAUGCCAGCGACGAAGAUUACGGUCCCGAUGGAGAACUCACAUACGAAAUAAGCAAUGAUGUCAACAGCGUUUUUGAAAUCUCGUCUACCGGCGUUGUUACAUUAAGACAGUCUCCUACAGUGGGUUUUUAUUCUUUGAAUAUACGUGUAUCUGACAAAGCAUCCGUGGCCAAACGGAAAAGCGUGAAUGCCACGCUACUUGUGUAUUUUAAACAACUUCCUAUCGAAAAUGUUCGUUCAAUGCGUAUAGGUAAUGUAUCAGACGAACAAGUUUGGGUGGCUAAAGAUAUGACUGUUAAACUUCCAGUGUACGUCCAACUUGGUACUCAGUACCUAGAGGGCAUAGAUAUUAACAUCGAAUUUUACGGCGACAAAAUUGUCAUUGAUAGUGUGACCAGUGAUUUUGAAAUUAUUAGGCUAUCUAGUUUAAAGAUCAAAGUCAUUGGUCUUACUCAUCCUGAUGCUCAGGUAUUCGGUUAUGCUAAAGUUGCUGACAUACAGGUGACAGGCAAAGAGGCAGGGAGAUUGGAAUCGACCAUGACUGUUUUACAUCUUGUUGAUAAAGAAAUGAAAAAUAUUCCUGAGUCUAGUGCUAAACCCAGGGAAUCUUGCUUGCACCAGCCUUACUUCGUCAAUAAUGACUGCUCAUAUGACAUUCUGGAUGCCUCGUUUAUUCAAACUUAUGUUCGUGAAAAAGAAGCAAAGUUUUCUACUGAUUUAGGCAAGCAACUGACGUCGGUGGAAGCGUCACAACUUUCAGCUAUGGAUUCUGAUAAGAACGGCCAAGUAGAUUACAACGAUGCACGGUUUGUUCUGAAUGUCCUGCUUGGUCGUGCUUUAGCCAUCACUGAUUACAUUGUGAUGGGUCCUGGUGAUUUACUAAAAACCAAAGAGAAUUGCUCGUUGUAUGUUUCUGCUGCACUUAAAUCUCUCACGCUUGACGCUGACAGCGAUGUUCAGGGUGUUUAUGUUCUCUUCACCUACCCCGACGCUUCGCUUCGAAAUCAACUGAAAAACUCCUUCAUUGUAAGCGAGUCAAGUUACAUUCUGCCAGUCAGCAGUGACGUUAAAUACGGAGAUUUCGUUUCCAUCAAGCAGUUUGGAACGAGUUACGUCGUAAAGUCUGCAGUUUCGCAAAUCUCCCUUGAUAACAUGGGCGUUUCCCUUUUAUUCACGUCGGCCGCCGGCAUUGUUACCACUUUCGUGAAACCAAAAAUGAACAACUCGCCUCAACGGAUUGAAUUUAAAGGAGCUUCUUUAACGUUUGAUUCGACUGUGUCUGCACAAGUGAACGUUAACAUUGGGAAAACAUCACACAGAUGUCGCAAUCCUUUCAAAACAACUCGAAUGGUGAUCAAAUUAAAUGGGAAAUACGAACAGGUGGUUCUAUUCCGGGAAGCUCAGUUUAAGGCAGAGAUCAAGACAUAUAUCACAGGACAUUUUAAGCGCACGUUAAACAAAGAUCUUCAGGUAAAUAUUGUGAGUGUGGAGGCGGGAAGCGUCGUUGUCGGAUUUGAUGUCGUCCAUGAAGCUGAAGACACCGACAACAUUACCAAUCAACUAAGUACAUCUUUGAGAAACGGAGAUUUUGUAUUUCCGUUCAAUGGAAACAGCUUGCCCGCAUACAACACUUUGAUGGUCAACGGUGAAGUUAGAACCGUCCCAGAACAAGACGAGGACGAUAAAACAGUGACGUACAUCAUUAUUGUUGUACUUAUCGUAGUGUCAUUGCUAUUCGCAGGCUUGUUGUUUUACUGCUUUUUCAAGAAGAAAGACAGAAGCAAGAAGAAAGAUAAGGUCGUAGAGAAAAAAGAAUGGCGUAAAAAUAGCUUGGAUGAGGGGUCGGAGAACUGGCAUUACGAAAAGCAGCCGGCUAUGAGCAGUUCAUAUAACCGUGGCUUUUCAGAUGAAACCCUUAGCGUUGUGGGGGGUUCACUGCGUCGAAAUAUAACGAUGGAGAACGGGUCAUACGAAGAAGUCGUCGGAGGAAAGUUGGAAUACGUGGCUCCCGUCACACCUGUACACAAGAUUCGUUCAAGCUUGCGAAGAAGGAAUACUCCGAGAAGUUUGGCUCAACUUGAAGCCAUGGAAUCAGUGAUGGACAUCGCACCGACACAGGGAUAUCACAACGAGGGUGUGGUUACAAAUCAUGAAAAUAUAAUUAAAGAUUAUAUUGAAGUCGAAGAUUCGAACCAUCCUUCAGACGAAGAAGACACUGAGUACAUUAAAAGAAUGGAAGUUCAUCAGCUGACCCCCAACAGCGUCCUCGGAUUGGAACCAUGUGGUUUCACACGUGUAGAAAUUAACGGAACGCUGUCGGAGCUUCGCGCCAAGUUGAAACAGACAUUGCUGAAAAAAGGGGAACACUUUGCGUUCAUGUCGAAGGAAUUGAAAGUCAUUCAUCCGAGGAGAGAAGAAAACGUGAUCGUGAAAGAUGUUUAUCGCACUCAAGUCAGAAUCAAAAUACUUCAGCAGAAAGAUUCGGAUGUAUUGUUUUGUUCGUGCGGUGGCGUGGCCAUGUUGUUUUGUGACAAAUGCUCGAUGAAAGGUUAUUGUUCAGAUAAUUGUCGAGCGUUAAAUAGUUGGGGUCAUCGAGACGUGUGUCGAAACAACAUCACCUAAACAUGGACAACUCAUUUUCCAGCAUAUCGUAAUUUUUUUUUCUAAUUUGUUUAAUUUUGUCGACAAACAUCGAAUUUUGAACGAAAUGCAAUUUUAUUGAGAAUUGAUAUCACACUGUACAAUAAUUUUACACUUCACUUAAAGGUCUACCAUUUUUUGUGCCUGCCAUUAUUCUUUUAGCUUCAUUCGGCCUUUCCAAAAUAGUUCCUUUUUUCUCUGAUAAACUUCGGUCAAUCUAUUUGAAAUAAUAACGAAAAGACCGAUAAUAAUUUUGAAUUUUUACCGCACUUUUGCAUAGAAUUUUUUGUUUGUUUGUUUGGUUACAUUUGUAAAUAUCAACAACGUACGUAACUACCACCUCAUGUAAACAAACACACCAGAUUAGCGAGCGCUUACAUUA